AUGUACAAAGACACCGUCUACUCGGCCUUCAAUCUGCUUAUGCACUACCCACCCCCUUCGGGAGCAGGGCAGCACCCCCAGCCGCAGCCCCCACUGCACAACAAGGCCAGUCAGCCAGCCCACAGCGUCCCACAGCUCUCUCCUCUCUAUGAACAUUUCAGCAGCCCACACCCUACACCUGCACCAGCCGACAUCAGCCAGAAGCAAGUUCACAGGCCUCUGCAGACCCCUGACCUCUCUGGCUUCUACUCUCUGACCUCAGGCAGCAUGGGACAGCUUCCCCACACCGUGAGCUGGCCCAGCCCUCCUCUCUACCCCCUGUCCCCUUCCUGCGGAUAUAGACAGCACUUCCCUGCCCCCACUGCAGCCCCUGGCGCCCCCUACCCCAGGUUCACCCACCCAUCCCUGAUGCUAGGCUCCGGUGUGCCUGGUCACCCUGCAGCCAUCCCCCACCCGGCUAUCGUACCUCCCUCAGGCAAGCAGGAGCUGCAGCCAUAUGACCGUAGCCUGAAGACACAGGCGGAAUCCAAGGCAGAGAAAGAGGCCAAGAAGCCAACCAUCAAGAAGCCUCUCAAUGCCUUCAUGCUGUACAUGAAGGAGAUGAGAGCCAAGGUCAUUGCAGAGUGUACACUCAAGGAGAGUGCUGCCAUCAACCAGAUCCUGGGCCGCAGGUGGCACGCGCUGUCUCGGGAAGAGCAGGCCAAGUAUUAUGAGCUGGCCCGAAAAGAGAGGCAGCUGCACAUGCAGCUCUACCCAGGCUGGUCGGCGCGUGACAACUAUGGGAAGAAAAAGAGGCGGUCACGAGAAAAGCACCAGGAGUCCAACACAGAUAACUCUCUUCACUAUUCCUAG